AAUUUUAAUCUCAAUCGAACAGAUCAAUUCCCCCACCGUCAUGCAUUCUGCUUGCUAUAUACAUGCAAUUCUUCUCAUCUCGUCUUCUUGGUAGCUCUAGAGUUUUAGCAACCACUUUGAGUCAUUUUCACUACAAUCCCUGCACAAAGAAAGCUCACUUCACUGAAGCACAAUUACUCCCUGCAGCCCCAUAUUCUAAUAAGCUUGUGAUCAGAUCAAUGGCGUCCAGCGGGCAGCAAUUCCCACCACAGAAGCAGGAAGGUCAGCCCGGCAAAGAGCACAUUAUGGACCCAACUCCCCAGGCCACCACCCCUGAAUAUAAGCCAGCGAACAAGCUUGUGGGUAAAGUGGCUCUGGUGACGGGAGGUGAUUCGGGCAUCGGACGGGCAGUCGGCCACUGCUUCGCACUGGAGGGCGCGACUGUAGCGUUCACGUACGUGAAGGGUCAGGAAGACAAGGACGCAAACGACACUCUGGGAAUGCUGAUGAAAGCUAAACACGCCGACGCCAAGGACCCGAUCGCGAUACCCACCGAUCUGGGAUACGACGAGAACUGCAGACGGAUGGUGGAGGAAGUCGUCAACAACUAUGGCCGGAUUGAUAUUCUCGUCAACAAUGCGGCGGAGCAGUACGAAGCCAGCACCGUUGAGGAGAUCGAUGAGCCCAGGCUUGAGAGGGUGUUUAGAACUAAUAUCUUUUCUUACUUUUUCACCUCCAGGCACGCAUUGAAGCAUAUGAAGGAAGGCAGUUCGAUCAUCAACACCACAUCAGUGAACGCGUACAAGGGCAAUGCCAAAUUGCUGGAUUACACGGCCACGAAGGGAGCAAUAGUUGCAUUCACUCGAGGGCUGGCGCUGCAGAUGGUGGAGAAAGGGAUACGGGUGAACGGCGUGGCGCCCGGUCCCAUAUGGACACCUCUGAUUCCAGCUUCUUUCACCGAAGACGAAAGUGCGAAAUUCGGCACCCAAACGCCCAUGAAGAGAGCAGGCCAGCCCCAUGAGGUGGCACCGUCGUACGUGUUUCUGGCCUCCAACAUCGACUCCUCCUACAUAACGGGACAGGUGCUUCAUCCCAAUGGAGGCACAAUCGUGAACGGUUGAUGCCUGGUAGUAGUAGUAGUAGUAGCCGUCUUAUACGGCGAUGAAAGCUGCGUGUGUAUA